UAGCACGAAGCGUCAUUAUCUUACGCUAGCUCUCAAAAUAACGACGUCGUUUUUGUGUGCAAAUUCGGCUCAUUGUUCACCCUCCUGCAAAGCAUUCAAAAAAACCAGUAAGCUUCGCUUCAGUUUGGAUACACAAGUUCAAACCUCAAUAAAACUAGUCACUAUUUUUAUUGAUUAUUCCUCAUGAGAACUCGAAAUGCGGAUUCGUCUUCCAAAUCCGUAACCCCUAAGAAGACACCGCCGGCGAAAAAAUCCACCGGAGAAUCUCCCGUCGCGAAGCGCACGCCUCCAUCCAAAACCAGAAACGCCAAGAAGACGGAGGCAUCGUCCGCAACCGAACUUAUGUCCGAUUCCAAUCCGGAUCAAUCCGAGCAGCAGAAAUCAUUAGCCAGUUCUACUACCGCUACAAAAUCUGCAAAGAGGAAAACACCGGGUAAGCCAAGGACAACAGUGGUUGCCGCCACUCCGAAUUUGGAAGAGGAAUUGGUGGCUGAAGCUGAUGAGGCGGCAGAGAAAGUGGCAGAAAAUGGAAAUGUUAGCGACAUUGGUGCAGAUGGGAGGGAACAAAAGCCCAUGGAAGUGGAUGAACCUGUUGUUGGAAAAGUUUGUGAGUUGGGUGAAAAGGGGAAGAGCGUGGAAGACUGUGAAUCGAUUGUUUCUCAAGAGGAUCCUCUUUCUUUUAAACAAGCAGGAUGCACUGUCAUGGAUCUUAAUAUAUCUGUGGCUGAUAAUGAAGAUUGUACUGCUGCAAAGGAAGGAGGGGAAGCAUUGAAAGAGGAAGAAUUGAAUAUACCGGAGGAGAAGAGAGAAAAGGAAGAGUUGAAAGCAGACGAGGGAGAAAAAGCAAAGGAUGAGUUGAACGAUCAAGGAGAGAAAGGAAAAGAUGAGUUGAACGAUCAAGAAGAGUUUAAAAUGCAGGAAAGAGAAAAAGGAAAGGAAGAGUUGCAAGAAGAGGAAGGAAAGAAGGAAGUGGAAGAGUUUAAAAUACAGGAAGGAGAAAAAGGAAAGGAAGUGCUGAAAGAACAGGAAUUAGAGAAAGGAAAAGAAGAGUUGAAGGAACAUGAAGAAGAGAAGGGAAAUGAGGUGUUAAAAGAACCUGUAGGAGAGAAAGAAAAAGAAGAGUUUAAAGAACAUGAAGCACAAAGAGGAAAUGAAGAGUUUAAAGAAGAGAAAUUAGAAAAAGCAAAAGGAGAGGAAACAAACAUUAUUGGACAUGAAGAGCACUCUAGUGUAGAGGUUCAAGCCCAACUACAAAAAGAAUUUGUUCCUGAAAAUUAUGGUGUUGAAGGGCCAAAAAGUGGUGAGUUGGUAGAUCUUGAAAAACAAGGGAGGAUGGAGCUUGAGGAGGAAGAUCCAGAGGAAGAUCCAGAAGAAGAUCCAGAGGAACCGUCCGAAGAAACCGAGACAUUGGAUGAAGAGCAUAUCGAUUUUGAAGCCAUUGCAAAGCAGCGAAAGAUUAGAAAAGAGCAUGAGAUAUUUGUUGGUGGGUUGGAUCGUGAUGCUACAGAGGAAGAUCUGAGAAAGGUGUUUCAGAGGAUCGGGGAGGUAGUGGAAGUUAGGAUGCAUAAAAAUUCAUCAACAAAUAAAAAUAAGGGCUAUGCUUUUGUGAAGUUUGCCAUUAAGGAGCACGCAAAAAAAGCUUUGUCUGAAAUGAAGAAUCCUGUUAUACAUGGAAAACGAUGUGGCACCGCACCUAGUGAGGAUAAUGAUACAUUAUUCUUGGGAAAUAUUUGCAAUACAUGGACAAAAGAAAUUAUUAAACAGAAGCUGAAGGAUUAUGGUGUAGAAGGGGUUGAAAACAUUACACUCGUACCAGAUGUUCAACGUGAAGGCUUUAGCCGGGGCUUUGCAUUCCUGGAGUUUUUUUGUCAUGCUGAUGCUAUGCUUGCAUACAAGAGACUUCAAAAGCCUGAUGUCAUCUUUGGUCAUGCUGAGCGAACUGCUAAGGUAGCCUUUGCCGAACCGGUACGUGAACCUGGCCCAGAAAUAAUGGCACAAGUGAAGUCUGUGUUUAUUAAUGGUCUCCCUCUUCACUGGGAGGAAGAUCAUGUGAGGGAGCUAUUGAAAUCUUACGGUGAAAUUGUAAAAAUUGUUUUGGCGAGGAAUAUGUCCGCAGCCAAGAGAAAGGAUUAUGGAUUUGUGGAUUUUUCUACACAUGAAGCUGCUUUAGCUUGUGUCGAUGGUGUAAAUAAAUCAGAAUUGGGAGAUGGGUCAUCGAAGAUAAAAGUGAGAGCUAGGCUUUCAAACCCUCUGCCUAAAAUGCAGGCUGUUAAGGGUGACAUGUGUGGUGGUCUCCGCAUUGGUCAGGCUAGGAGUGAAGCUUAUCCAAGAUCAAAAAUAGGUUUUGGGCGGGGGCGAGGAAGACAUCCCUUCAGUAACAGGGGAAAUUUCAACAAGGGCAGGAGUUUCUAUCAUCACGGGGGGCGCAGUCAAAUUGGAAGUGGUUUUUGGGAUGGCCCUGAUUUUAGUAUGCAUCCGGAUUUCCAUCAGCGGCAAUUUGGUCCACAAGGAGCUAUGGGGGAUGGACAUUAUGCAGGUAAUCUAGGUGGUGCUCCAUUUGCUGGUCCAUCUAGACAUUAUUAUGAUAGAGAAUGGUAUGGUUUCCCUGAUGGAGGCCCUGGUGAGCCUAUUCCUCCAAGAAGGCCAUACUCUCCAGGUGGACGGUUUUAUGGUAUCCCUGAUGGAGGUCCUGGUGAGCCUAUUCCUCCAAGGCCAUACUCUCCAGGUGGACGGUUUUAUGGUAUCCCUGAUGGCGGCCCUGGUGAGCCUUUUCCUCCAAGAAGGCCAUACUCUCCAGGUGGACGGUUUUAUGGUAUCCCCGACGGUGGCCCUGGUGAGCCUAUUCCUCCAAGAAGGCCUCACGCUCCAGGUGGACGGUUUUAUGGUAUUCCUGAUGGAGGCCCUGUUGAGCCUAUUCCUCCAAGAAGGCCAUACUCUCCAGGUGGACAGUUUUAUGGUAUACCUGAUAGAGGCCCUGGUGAACCUGUUCCUCCAAGAAGGCCCUAUUCUCCAGGGGGACAGUUUGACGUGCCUUUUAUGGGAAGGCAUGUUGAUGAUCCAUAUCUAUAUGAUGACAAUAUGCGUGGAAUAAAACGUCCAUUUUAUAUGACUGACCCUGAACCUGAUCACAUGGGGCCUAAUAGACUUCGCCCACGAUUUGAUUACGCAGAUCCAUCUAUAUUUCACGAAACUCGAUACCAUGGUUUUGCUGGGGCUGGCAGCAGGCAGUACCCACAUGACUAUUAUGGUUCUCAUCAUGGCAGAGGUCCAUACUCAUCUUUCUAUGGGGGCGAUGGCCCACAUGAAGAUAGGUACUAUUAUUAGCGCGAAGAACCUUUUGGUGGAUCUGGAGCAGACAGAUCAGCAUCUUCAAUUAUGAGCACGCGGCCUCUCGAUUAUACAAUUUUGAAGUUGCAUUUUUUAUUUUAUAUGCAUUUCUACCUUAUUCCUAGUCCAUCUGUUUUGUUUCUAUUUAUCUAUUAGAUCAUAUAGGUGGUAUAGACUAAGGUAUUUAACUGUGUGGGAUAGGUUGUCUCUCGGGUCUUGGAGGAGAAGGUAUAUUUAUAAGAUUUAUAUGGAAUGGACUAGAUUUCCUUCACGGACUUAGGUAUGAUAUGAUCUGGGACUUGAUUAUGAGGAUGCUUUAUUAAUGUACAAUAUACUUUAUGAUCAAUCGAGUACAAUUUUGAUGAUUGGAAA